AUGAAUAAUUAUUCGUUUAUAGAAGUUAUUGGUUUUCCAUUUAAUCACAAAAAUAAUGGUUCUACUUCAUUGAAUUUUUUCUUCUGGAAAGUUAUACUCUUUCUACUUUUUCCAUUUGCAGCGGCAUCUAUAGUCGAUGAAUCUUAUUCAUCUAGCCAAGAUGUAUAUGAUGCACUCCUUAACACAUUGUUUCCGAUUACUUUUGUGAUUUUGUUUAAUGUUUCAAAAUAUAAUAACGGAGAAUCUGAGAAAAAAGUAGACUCCGAAGAAAAUGAAGAAUCUGAGGAAGCAAAACACUCUGGAAAAUAUGGAGAACAUGAAACUAGAAUACUUAGAGAAAAAUUACUCGCAAAAGAGAAUCUCCUACCAUUAUUGGAUGACUUACUAUACAACACAGUCACUUGGGUAAUCCCACUGAUAGUCUCUUUUUCAUAUGAUGACUUGCUGAGUAUAAAGAUAUUUUCGGUUAUAAAUGCAUGCUUGCAUAUAACUUGUGCAAUACAUGCAUUAAUCCACCCUAUGUCAAUAGACGAAGCUGAACGCCAUAAAAGAAUACAGGUUAAUUUUUUUUUCUUAAUAUUUUUUCCGAUUGUAGCCAUUCCAGUAUUCUGGAUCGUCUAUAUUGUUAUUAAUCAUGAAUAUGAUUUAACCAGCACAAUAUUUCUCAUAUUAUUCGGGACAACGUUAUUUUUAUCAUUCGGUCUUUUUAUGUUACUUUUUAUGUUCAUUUUUGCUGAUCCCGAGGAUGUACUUAGUGAUUAUUUUGCAUUUUAUUUAAGUGCUUCUGGUAUAUUUUUAUUUUAUACCCCAAAUAUUUUGCAAGCGUUAUUGAUCAUGUUAAAAUGGCCAAUUAAUUUUUAUUUUGUCAAAACAUUUGUAUUUAUAUUAAUUCUAUCUUUAACAAGAAAUACAUCUUACUUUAAUGUUGAUGAAGUUCCUAGGAAUUUUCUGGCCUCUUCAACAGCUUAUACUCAAUGGGAGCUUUUUGAUCAGAAAAGAGAUUCUAAAAAGGAAAUUGAUAUUAAAAAGAAAAGGAAUAGUAGUGUUGUUUAA